AUAGUUCAACGGGAGAAGGUGGCGUAUUCUUUUGCCAAGGACGAACCACGAGACGAGACGACAGAACGUUUGUUCGUCACGUGGAAGUUGUUUUUUAUUGUUUACUUAAUUGUCCAGUAAUGCCGAAUGUGACACAAGUUUGACCAUAUUUCAUCCCAAACCAUUAACACCAUGGAUUACUUUUGUGAUCAAGACCAUGGCGAACUUUACUGGGAUUAUGAGAAAACCUGGCACACGAAUAACGUGACGACGCCGGAUUUCACCCGUUGUUUUGAGAACACUGCCCUCGUGUGGUCGCCGUCUUUGGUGCUCCUCCUCCUCGCCCCCAUUGACAUCCUCUCCUCCCACGCCUCCGUCUACCGUCACGUCCCCCGGUCCCCUCUCUCCGUCCUCAAAUGUGGUCUCAACCUUAUCCUCAUCGCCAUCCAAGUCCUACUCAUCGUCUUCCAUCUCAUCCGGGUGGAUUAUGCCCUGGACAAGAUUCCCGUCGGCGAAUACCUUGCCCCCGUCGUCCGUCUUGUUGCUUAUACGUUGUUCUGGGGUCUGCUCUACUACUCUCGUCACAAAGGGGUUCGCUCGUCGGGAGUGCAGUUCACGUUCUGGUUUCUGCACGGCGUCGGAGAAGCGAUCAAGUUUCGCAGUAAUAUUCUCCGAUGGCAAGAAAACAAGGACGGCUUGCCGAUGGACAUCUUUAUCCUGGAGGUCAUUUCUUUCCCGUGUAUACUCGGAAUCCUGGGAUUGAAUUGCUGGGCCGAUUUGCGCCCGAGAUUUGGACUCGAUCCCAAGUUAUCAGAGCGUCCUUGUCCUGAGGAAGCCUCAUCCUUCCUAGCUCGCAUCAUGUACGAGUGGUUCACCCCACUCGCCUGGAAAGGGUACAAAAAGCCGUUGGAAUAUUCGGAUCUUUGGGAUCUCAAUCCACAGGACACGUCUCGCGCAGUGGUGCCCAUCUUUGACAAGGAGUGGAACAAGCAGCUCUUGAAGGUGGAGGCUGUGCAGACCAAGGCCAAAAGUGGGGGCGGGAAGGCUUCCUACACCAAAGUCAACGGGGCUGUGGGAGUGGACUUUACGGAGAAGGGAGGUCCGGAAGAAGGGGCGGAGAAGAAGGUCUUGGCAUCAGUUCUGCCCGCCUUGCUGGGCGCUUUUGGGACAACUUUCUUCGUCGGAAGUGCCAUGAAGUUAAUCCCGGAUGGGCUGGCCUUUGUUUCACCGCAGAUUUUAAAUUUGCUGAUUGCCUACACGACGAGUGGGGAGGAGACGUGGAAAGGGAUUUUUUAUGCAGGAAUCCUUUUCCUCUCCGCCGUCAUUUCGACCAUCGUCAUGCAGCAGUACUCCCAUCGCAUGUACCUCACCGGAAUGCGGAUCAGAACUGCAAUGGUGUCCGCCAUUUAUAGAAAAGCCCUCCUCAUUUCCAACUCGGCCAAAAAAGAGUCAACCGUUGGAGAGAUUGUGAACCUGAUGAGUGUCGACAUCCAAAAGUUGAUGGACCUGGCCCCCUUCGUGAACAUGAUUUGGUCAGCCCCCUUCCAGAUUGGGAUAGCCAUGUACUUUUUGUGGGGGAUUCUUGGCCCUUCCGCCAUGUCCGGACUGGUCGUCAUGGUCCUUCUCCUCCCCGUCAACGCCGUCAUCGCCACCAAGGCCAGGAAACUCCAAAUGAUGCAAAUGAAAAAGAAGGACUUACGAGUCAAAAUGAUGAACGAAAUCCUGAGUGGGAUCAAGGUGCUGAAACUGUACUCGUGGGAGCAGUCGUUUGAAGACCAGGUGAUGAAGAUCAGAAAGGAAGAGGUAGAAAUUCUUAAGAAGGCCGCAUAUCUCUCCGCCAUCUCCACCUUCCUCUGGACUUGCGCUCCCUUCCUGGUUGCCCUCUCCACUUUUGGAACGUACGUGCUCAUCGAUUCUCACAAUGUGCUGGAUGCUCAGAAGGCCUUCGUGUCCCUCUCGCUCUUUAACAUUAUGAGUUUCCCACUUACAUUUCUGCCAAUGAUCAUCGUUUUCGUGGUUCAGGCGAAUGUGAGUCUCAAACGGUUGAACAAAUACAUGAACGCGGAUGAAAUUGCCCCAGAUUCUGUUACUCACGACCAAAGUGCAGUGGAUCCGAUCAUAAUUGAGAACGGGACGUUUGCCUGGGAGGCUGACACGAUCACAUUGCGCGACAUCAAUCUCCGCAUUAAGGACGGCUCUCUUGUCGCCAUCGUGGGCACCGUGGGCGCUGGAAAAUCCUCCCUCCUCGCUGCCAUGCUCGGAGAGCUGGAGCGACUCAAUGGCAAAGUUAACACCAAGGGUUCCAUUGCGUACGUUUCUCAACAAGCCUGGAUCCAAAACGCCACGGUUCGGAACAACGUUCUCUUCGGAAAGCCGUUUGACCCCACCAAGUACGACAAAGUGAUUGACGCCUGUGCGCUCAAACCCGACUUGGAAAUCCUGGCUGCGGGGGACAAAACGGAGAUCGGGGAAAAGGGCAUAAAUUUAUCGGGAGGCCAAAAACAGCGGGUAUCCCUGGCUCGGGCGGCCUACAGCAACAGCGAUAUAUAUCUGUUAGAUGAUCCCCUCUCAGCGGUCGACUCACACGUUGGGAAACACAUCUUUGACGCCGUGCUGGGUCCGAAAGGUGUAUUAAAGAGGAAAACCCGAAUCCUUGUAACGCACGGGAUAGCCUACCUCCCUCAAGUGGACAACAUCGUAGUCCUCAAGGACGGCGAGGUCUCCGAGAUGGGCACGUACAAAGAGCUCCUCGAACGAAAGGGUGCCUUCGCCGAGUUCCUGCAGCACCACAUCACGGAAGAAGACGUUUCCGAGUUGGAAGAUCCUGCCUUGAUUGAAGAGUUGAAAAGCGUCGUUGGCAUCUCACCACAUCUCACCAAGGGAAAGAGUCGGCGAAUUUCCGAGUCCAGUGACGCUGGAUCGGACGCUGGCGGGAUGCGGAGGAGGAUCUCGUCCGCGAGGAGUUUGGAGGGUUCGAUGUCGCGGAGUGGGAGUGUCCGACGGGGGGAAGAGCUCCGUCGACAUGCGGGCAGUCUGCAGGGCGGGAAAGAUCGGCUCAUCGAGGUGGAAAAGUCGGAAACCGAUUCGGUGAAGAUGGCCGUGUACAUGGACUAUUUUCGAGCUGCAGGGUGGCACAUGAGCGUGGGGACGUUUGCCUUGUAUUUCGUGUAUCAAGCCUUCUCGGUGGGAUCGAACUUGUGGUUGUCGAAUUGGUCGAAUCAGCCCGUGGUCAAUGGGACUCAGGAUAAUGUGGACUUGUAUUUGGGGGUGUAUGGUGCCUUUGGCUUUUUACAGGCCAUAUCCAUCAUGAUGGCAUCACUCACGAUGGCGCUAGGCACGCUCCGCUCCGCGUCCAAUCUCCACUUUAAAAUGUUAGCACGAAUUCUGCACGCGCCCAUGAGUUUUUUCGACACGACGCCCGUGGGAAGAAUAGUGAAUCGAUUUGCGAAGGAUGUCGACGUGACGGACUCGACGUUGCCGUUCAACGUGCGUCUCUGGCUCAAUUCUUUCUUCUCCGUCCUCGCCACGCUGGCCAUCGUCUCUUACUCGACGCCCAUCUUUAUCGCCGUCAUCAUUCCGGUCGGCGUUCUCUACUACCUCGUCCAGCGAUUCUACGUGUCCACUUCCCGUCAACUGAAACGUCUCGAGUCCGUGACGCGCUCUCCGAUCUACUCGCACUUUAGCGAAACGAUAACGGGCGCCCCCACAAUUCGGGCAUACGCGGCGCAGGAGCGCUUCAUUCUAGAGUCGGAGGGCCAGGUCGACCACAACCAAGUAUCGUACUUCCCCUCCAUCGUGUCAAAUCGUUGGUUGGCCAUUCGGCUCGAGUUCAUCGGAAACAUAAUCAUCUUUUUCGCCGCCCUUUUCGCCGUGUUGGGGAGAGAUUCGCUGAGCUCAGGUCUGGUCGGUCUGUCCGUCUCCUACUCCCUCCAGAUCACAAUGGCGCUCAACAUGCUCGUCCGCUGGACAUCCGAUGUCGAAACUAAUAUCGUGGCGGUGGAGAGGCUGAAAGAAUAUGGCGAAGUGCAACAGGAGGCAGCAUUUGAAAUCAAGGAACGAAAACCACCAAAAUCGUGGCCAGAACAUGGCGAAGUGAAAUUUGAUCAGUACCAGACUCGUUACCGACCCGGGUUGGACCUCGUUUUACGAAAUGUCACGUGCACAAUUAAUCCCGGAGAGAAGGUUGGAAUUGUGGGACGGACGGGUGCAGGCAAGUCGUCACUGACGUUGGCCCUCUUUCGUCUCAUCGAGGCAGCAAACGGAACAAUUUUCAUUGACGGACAGAACAUUGGGCGACUCGGAUUGCACGAUUUGCGCGGACGGAUUACAAUCAUUCCUCAGGAUCCGGUCCUCUUUUCUGGAACGUUGCGCAUAAAUCUGGAUCCGUUUGAGCAGUACACGGACGCCACGAUUUGGCACGCCUUGGAACUCGCGGACUUGAAGGCGUUCGUAAAAUCCUUGCCGGCCGGCUUGGCGCAUGAAAUUUCCGAGGGGGGUGAAAAUUUGAGUGUCGGGCAGCGUCAGCUUAUUUGUCUCGCGAGAGCCUUGCUGCGUAAAACAAAGAUUUUGUUGCUCGACGAGGCCACUGCUGCCGUAGAUUUGGACACAGAUGACCUAAUUCAAGCCACGAUACGGAAAGAGUUCAAAGAUUCAACCGUAAUCACGAUCGCACACAGAUUAAACACAAUCAUGGAUUCGACGAGAGUGAUGGUGCUGGAUCAGGGCGAAAUCCGUGAAUUUGACACCCCGGAGAAUCUGCUGAAAAAUAAAAACUCGAUUUUUGCCGGAAUGGCGAAAGAUGCAGGAUUAUAAGGAUUCAAGUACAAAUAAGUGCCAUGAAUUCCGAGGACGUGAACCGUUUACCUGGUUGAACUGUUCUCUCACUUAUUGUACAAUUGUACAUUCACAAAAUAUUGCAAGUAUUAUGACCGGUUAAGAAGACUAUGUCACACUAUUUUUCAGGUUUUAUAAUCUAGAUUGACGUUAUUACUUUUUUAAUGACCAAGAUUAAGAUGAUGCUUUACUUUUAAUUUUUAAUUUUAUUCACAACUCUCAAAGUGUUCCAUUUCUAUUCCAAGCAAUUCGUUAAUUGCGAAUUGUCCAGUAAUUAUUGCACAAAUUGUACUCGUAGCUCUUUGUACUUUUGGGUCUUGUCUUGAAUACGACUUAUUUUUCCAUGUCGUGCCUUUUGGUGUCCUAAUCUCUGUGAUACACAUUUAUACCAAAAAAGUUCCUUAUACCAAUCUUACAUUCUUAAUGAUAUACUUAUUAUCCGUCUGUGAUGACAUUUUACUUAUAAAGAAGGGACCACUCCACUUUUACCCACUGAUUAACAAGAAUAUAUUUAAUAUGCAAAUAAAAUCUAACCAUAAAAUAAU